AGUGUUGGCGGAAGCAAUUACUGAAUGAGAAACACCGGGAUCAUCUGCACCCCACAGCAGUCUGGGAAUCUGACCACAAAGAAGCAGUAAGAUCUGUGACUGAAAUAUCCGUUGCCCAUAAAUAUGUCUAUGAAUAAUUCUCAAAAUGUAUUUUUGGACCCAAGUCCAAACAGAUUUCAGGUCAAUGUCAUUAAUGAAAGCCAUGACAAUACAGUACAAUCUCAAGGCGAUCCCGACUCACAACGCUACGAAGAGACUUCUUUUGCAGAUGAUGUCAAUAAUAGACUCCGAGUCAGCUACAGGCCUGAAAACAGAGAAUUAUAUGACAAUUUCUUUCAAAACGGGGAUGCCUCUAAAACAGAUGGGAAUUUUCACCCUUAUGAUACCCACAGCAACACGUAUUACCUGAAAACAUUUGGUCAUAACACAAUGGAUGCCGUGCCUAAGAUUGGUUACUACCGAAACACUGGCAGCGUCAGUGGGGUCAAAAUUAACAGGCCAAGUCUGAUGGACAUCCACGAACAGCUGGCAAAGAACAUUGCGGUGACUUCUGGUUCAGUUGACAAAUUCGCCAAAGCAGAUGGCAAUACAGAAGAAGCUGAAUCCAAUAAGGAAGAAGAAACCAAAGGAGGCUUUGUGAAAUUUGGAUGGGUGAAAGGGGUCCUGGUGAGAUGCAUGCUUAAUAUCUGGGGCGUGAUGCUCUUCAUCCGACUCUCCUGGAUUGUAGGUCAAGCUGGAAUUGGUCUCGGAGUUAUUAUUAUCCUCCUUGCCACAAUGGUCACCUCUAUUACUGGCUUAUCAACUUCUGCAAUAGCAACUAAUGGUUUUGUCCGUGGAGGUCUUGGAGUCGUAGUUAUUUGCCUGAGUGUGGUAGUUACAACUUUAACAGGUAUCUCCAUGUCUGCCAUAUGUACAAAUGGAGUGGUGAGAGGAGGUGGCGCUUACUACCUCAUCUCCAGAAGUUUAGGACCUGAGUUUGGGGGCUCCAUUGGUCUAAUCUUUGCCUUUGCCAAUGCCGUGGCAGUAGCCAUGUACGUCGUUGGAUUUGCAGAAACCGUCGUGGAGCUGCUCAAGAACAGCAACGCAAUCAUGGUUGAUACAACCAACGACAUCCGAAUAAUUGGUGCUAUAACGGUAGUCAUUCUUUUGGCCAUUUCUGUGGCCGGUAUGGAAUGGGAAGCCAAGGCCCAAGUUAUUCUUCUAUUUAUCCUUCUUGCUGCUAUUGCAAAUUUCUUCAUUGGAACCGUCAUUCCAAGCAACAAUGAGAAGAAGGCUAGAGGUUUUUUCAAUUAUCAAGCCUCCAUAUUUGCAGAAAACUUCGGACCAGAUUUCAGAGGCGACGAAGGGUUUUUCUCUGUGUUUGCCAUUUUUUUCCCUGCAGCCACUGGAAUUCUUGCUGGAGCCAAUAUCUCUGGAGACUUGGAGGAUCCACAAGCUGCUAUACCCAAAGGAACAAUGCUGGCCAUUUUGGUUACAACUAUUGCUUAUGUAGGUGUAGCAAUCUGUGCAGCUGCUUGUGUCGUACGUGAUGCUACAGGGAACGUCAAUGAUACAGUUGUAUCCGGAAUGAAUUGCAAUGGAUCAUCUGCUUGUGCCCUGGGCUAUGAUUUCUCCAGCUGUAAAACCCAGACAUGUGAUUAUGGGCUGAUGAAUAAUUUCCAGGUUAUGAGCAUGGUUUCAGGUUUUGGUCCUUUAAUCACUGCCGGAAUAUUUUCUGCAACCCUGUCAUCAGCCCUCACUUCGCUUGUUAGCGCUCCCAAGGUUUUCCAGGCUCUCUGCAAGGAUAACAUCUACCGAGCACUCCAUUUCUUUGCCAAAGGAUAUGGCAAAAACAACGAACCAAUUAGAGGAUACGUUCUGACGUUCAUCAUUGCCAUGGCCUUUAUUCUGAUAGCUGAGCUGAACACCAUUGCUCCCAUCAUCUCCAACUUCUUCCUGGCUUCGUAUGCGCUUAUCAAUUUCUCUUGUUUCCAUGCAUCGUAUGCAAAAUCUCCAGGUUGGAGACCUGCUUUCAAGUAUUACAACAUGUGGGUGUCCCUUUUCGGAGCGAUUCUGUGUUGUGGAGUCAUGUUCGUCAUCAACUGGUGGGCAGCUGUCAUCACAUAUGCUGUCGAGCUCUUUCUUUAUAUUUACGUGACGUACAAGAAGCCAGAUGUAAAUUGGGGUUCAUCAUCACAGGCAGUAUACUAUAUUAAUGCCAUUGACUCUGCAUUGGAAUUAACUACGGUGGAUGAUCAUGUGAAAAACUUCAGGCCACAGUGCAUAGUAUUAACUGGAGAACCCAUGACGAGACCAGCUUUGUUAGACAUUGCACAUUCAUUCACAAAGAACAAUGGUCUCUGCAUCUGUUGUGAAGUAUACACGGGCCCACGCAAGCUGUGCGUUACAGAGAUGAACAGCGGCAUGGCAACCAAGCAGGCCUGGCUGACAAAGAACAAAAGGAAAGCCUUUUAUGCUGCAGUGGCAGCCGACAGCUUUAGAGAUGGAGUCAAAAGUCUCCUCCAAGCCUCCGGCUUGGGCAGGAUGAGACCAAAUACUUUGGUGCUUGGAUUUAAGAAGGACUGGAAAGAAGCCACCGCAGUAGAAGUUGAAAAUUACAUGGGUGUCGUACACGAUGCAUUUGACUUUGACUUUGGUGUGGUUGUUGCUCGAAUAAGCCAAGGGUUUGACAUAUCGCAAGUCCUCCUGGUUCAAGAGGAAUUGAAGAAGCUGGAGCAGGAGAGGCAAGUUCUAGAGGCUACCAUUAAGGACAGCGAAUUUGAAGAAGGAAAUGGCGGUAUCCAGAGAUACUUCAGAAGAGCUGCCAAGCUCAACAUUACAAAGACUAUACCCAAAAAAGAAAGCAGCAUUAGCACAAUCUCUUCGAUGCAUGUUGGGGAAUUCAAUCAGCGGUUGCUGGAAGCCAGCAGUCAGUUUAAAAAAAAGCAAGGGAAAGGUACCAUUGACGUGUGGUGGCUGUUUGAUGACGGAGGGUUAAUACUCCUAAUUCCCUACAUGCUCACCCUCCGCAAAAAAUGGAAAGAUUGUAAAUUAAGGAUUUUUACUGGUGGAAAAGUCACUCGCCUGGAAGAGGAAAAGCUAAUGAUGGCUUCACUUUUAAGCAAGUUCAGAAUAAAGUUUGCUGACAUUCACAUCAUUGGUGAUAUCAAUAUGAAACCAAACAAAGAGAGCUGGAAAUUCUUUGAAGAGAUGAUUGAACCAUACCGCCUUCAUGAAAGCUGCAAAGAUUUAACAACUGCUGAGAAAUUAAAGAGAGAGGCACCGUGGAAAAUCACUGAUGCAGAGCUGGAAGCAGUCAAGGAAAAGAGCUACCGCCAAGUCCGUUUGAACGAACUCCUUCAGGAACAUUCUAGGGCUGCUAAUCUGAUUGUUCUGACUCUACCAGUAGCAAGAAAAGGAAUUAUAUCUGAUUACCUCUAUAUGGCUUGGUUAGAAAUUCUCUCAAGGAACCUGCCUCCAGUUUUGCUCAUCCGAGGCAACCACAAAAACGUGCUAACGUUCUACUCUUAGCAAGCAAAACCUGGAAUCAAAUAUAUGCAUUUUGUACAUAUCAGUGACACAAACGUAUUUUUACAAACGCUGAAGAGCAACAGGGUCCCAGGAUCUGACACUUUACAAUAUACACUUCAACGACUGAAAAAAAUCACUUUGAUGUUACCAUUUGACAGCAAAAUCCAAAUCAUAUAUAUAGUUAUAGAUAUACACUAAAAACCAAUUUGAGUCUUCCUGUGCUCAUGCUUACAUAGCCAAAACUGCAAUACCAAUGCAGAAGAGGUCUUAGCAGACUUGCAGUAACCCCAAAGAUGGUGGAAUAACAACCAAUUUGCAGGGAGAAAACUAAGGUGAAAAAAGAAAACCAUAGAGCUUCUAAUCUCACCUGUUUUUCAUGUAGUACAGCUGUCACACCACAAUCAGGUACCUUCACAGUCAUUUGUUUUCCAUCAGUGGUAGGAGAUUUGGGUGUGGUCCUAGUCCUUUCCAACCAAUAUAAUAGGAACAUUGGAAGCUGUCUUAUAUUGAGUCAAAUCAUUGGUCCAUCAAGCUUAUUUCUCUCUAUACUGACACAGCAGCUCUCCUGGAUUUCAUAGAAUGAUAGAAUUG